UCUCACCCUUCCUAGUUCUUGGAACUCUCCUCUUUUGUCUUAUCGCUCAUCGCUAUCAUUUAGCAUGGCACGUCGCUCUCGGUUUGCCCUUUAAAUGGGCAUUUGUUCUGGCUCUCUCACAAACCCACCCCUGAAUCUUAAGCCCCUCUCAACAUGGAUGUUUAUUCUGUGGGUUGGAGCUGUUAACAAUCCCAAUAGAGUUGGGUUUCUUUAUUGGUCGGUUUGCCCCUCUUUCCCUGUUUGAUUCAAGUUGAUACUGCGGGUUUAUUUUGUUCUUGCCUAGUGAUUUUUCCAUAUAUAAUCAAAUUUCAUACAGUAGACAUCUUUUAUCACUGUCAUGGAUCAGAAGUGCCUUUUUCGGUUUAUUUCAGUUCUGGGAGAUGCUAUUGAACCCACCCAUACUGUUUUUCACUGAACUUUUGCUUAUUUCAACUCUGCAAGAAAAACCCUAGCUGUUAUCUGUGCUAGAAAUUCCUGCGUUUUGAAUCUAUUGAUUGGACUAAAAACUGUUUGAUUCGCGGGUGAGGAUUCAUUCAAAUUUUAUUUGGUUUUUAGAAUUUAAGAAUUUGGUUCUGAAUGGAAAACUUGCAGAACACAGGUAAUAGGCAAUCUUCCAUUGCAAUGGAAGAACCGAAUAGUGAAUCCUAUCUGGGGACUAGUGAAGAUCCUUCUCCUAGGGUUGUUAAUGCUAGGAAAAUUUCAGUACUGCCCCUUGUUUUCCUCAUCUUCUAUGAGGUUUCAGGGGGGCCAUUUGGGAUUGAGGACACUGUCAAUGCAGCUGGCCCUCUUCUAGCCCUUAUUGGGUUCUUGGUUUUCCCAUUCAUAUGGAGUGUGCCGGAGGCCCUAAUUACUGCGGAGAUGGGUACCAUGUUCCCAGAGGACGGUGGCUAUGUGGUUUGGGUUUCAUCUGCAUUGGGGGACUUUUGGGGGUUUCAACAAGGUUGUUUGAAAUGGCUGAGUGGGGUCAUUGACAAUGCUCUUUACCCGGUUUUGUUUCUUGACUACUUGAAAUCAUCCAUCCCGGCAUUAGCCGGUGGUUACCCAAGGGUUCUAGCAACAUUGGGUUUGACUGCUCUCCUCACUCUGAUGAACUAUAGGGGUUUAACCAUUGUGGGGUGGGCUGCUGUUCUGUUGGGAGCUCUCUCACUCCUUCCCUUUGUAGUUAUGGGACUUAUUGCAAUCCCAAAAUUAAGGCCUUCAAGAUGGUUAGUGGUUGAUUUACACAGCGUUGACUGGAAUUUGUAUCUAAACACACUAUUUUGGAAUUUGAACUACUGGGAUUCAAUAAGUACACUAGCAGGAGAGGUGGAAAAUCCGAAGAGGACUCUGCCAAACGCUCUGUUCUAUGCUUUGAUCCUAGUUGUUUGUGGGUAUUUCUUUCCCUUACUCAUUGGUAUAGGAGCUGUACCACUUGACCGUGACUUAUGGACUGACGGGUAUUUCUCAGAUAUAGCAAAGAUGGUGGGUGGAGUAUGGUUGAGAAUUUGGAUUCAAGGUGCUGCUGCAAUGUCAAAUAUGGGGAUGUUUUUGGCUGAAAUGAGCAGCGAUUCUUUUCAACUUCUUGGGAUGGCAGAAAGAGGGAUGCUUCCGGAGUUCUUUGCCAAGAGAUCCCGCUAUGGAACUCCUCUUGUUGGGAUUCUAUUUUCAGCUUCCGGAGUGAUUUUGCUUUCAUGGCUGAGCUUUGAAGAAAUCGUAGCUGCAGAAAACUUCUUAUAUUGUUUUGGAAUGGUGUUGGAGUUCAUAGCAUUUGUAAGGCUCAGAAGGAAAUACCCAGCUGCAUCUCGCCCUUACAAGAUUCCCGUAGGAACAAUUGGAUCCAUUCUAAUGUGCAUUCCUCCAACCAUACUAAUCUGUGUUGUGUUGGCUCUUUCUUCACUCAAAGUGUUUCUCAUAAGCCUCAUUGCUGUUGUUGUUGGACUAGCAAUGCAGCCUUGUCUAAAACACCUAGAAAGAAAGAGAUGGCUCAAGUUCUCCAAAAGUGCCGACCUCCCAGAGCUUCAUGGUGCUGCUCAUGUACUGAAUACCGAAUCCUUAAUUCAGUAAGUAAUCCCGUUCCUCGUCACCUGCAUAGAACUCAAUACUCAAAUCGCGCAAGCUGCCAAUGCAAGAAAUAUCAUCAUCGUCAUUGUGUCUUCAUCCAGCUUUCAGAAAGAUCCCAAUGCAGAACAAGAAGUCUAUGGUACCUUUCGUAUAUGUUGCUUUGUUUAGAUGUUUAUCAAGAGCACAUACUGUUGGUUGUUGGCAAGAAUAGUACUGUUCUCAGCCAUGCUUUCCUUGCAAUUUUGUCAUCAAAUUAUGCCAGAGAAGCAUGAUGAUGUUCAAAAUGCAAGCUGCAGCGGGACAACAAUUCAAGGGAAGCCUCCGCUUUGCAGGCAGAGCUGAGAGCCUUGGAGAGCCAUUAUCAUGCCACAACCAUCGCAUUUGUCACAUACUCAAACCAGAUUACGGAGAAUGCAUCUUAAAACUGUUUGUAAAAAUAAAAUAAAAUGAUAUGGACCUUAUAGAAGAUAGGCAAUGGAUAUAAAUGGAUGAAAAGUUACAAUUUAUGCAGCGGAUCUUAUGUAGUCAAUUUGGUA